AUGAUUCUAGUUUUCAUCUCGAUUAUUCUGCCUUACAUAUACUACAACAGAUCUACAGAUAUUCAGCGUUGGAGCCCGGCAUCUGUUACUAAGUUUAAGAGGCUGAGUUUAAUAUGGAGGAGGUUUGGGUUACUAGCAUCUCUUGGAUGGUGUUGGUUACUUGCCUACAUUCUAUCCAUUAGACAUGCAUAUCACCACAGAGCUCCACUUGCUCAGAGUUAUUGCCGCACUGAGCGAUACGGACUUCUUAGGAGCGCUCCUGGGAUAUGGUUUCCAUUGCCAUUACAGUGGGGGACUCCUAUCGUUGAUUUUAGAGAUAUCUUUCCGAUGUUGGCUGCUGCACUAGUGUCCACUAUUGAGAGCAUUGGCAGUUUCUCUGGUAGUAUGUUUGGCACAGUCACUGGCAUCACGACCUCAAUUGAGAGUGUAGGUCUUGUCGGACUCACUCGUGUUGCUACCAGAGAUGUGACUCCUGUGACAGCACUAGUGAUGAUAUUCUGCAGUUUAGUAGGGAAGAUCGGCACAUUUCUUGCUUCGAUCCCAUUUCCGAUUGUAUCUGCGUGGUACUGCAUAUUUUGUUGCUAUAUUGUUUCUUCUGGUUUCAAUUUUUUGCAGUACUGCAACUUGAACAACAGAAGACACAUGACCGUCUUAGGAUGUAGCACAGUUAUGGGAGUCAUAGUACCUUUGUACUGUCGGCUGCUUCCCCCAAGUUCAGCGGUGAGUGAUAUAGUCUUGGUCUUCGGCACAUCGGCACCGACUAUUGGGGUCCUCACUGCGCUGCUACUAGACCUAGUCAUGCCUCGAGAAGAGUCAGAUGAUCUUGGAUUAGACAGUGGCAUGCAGUGGUUUAUCUGUUUCUGGGACCCAAAUGACCAGACCGCGAUCUACUAUUCAGUACGGUUCUAUCUUAGGCAUUUAUUUGAGAGGGUUUCUGUAUCUUUUAGGGGACUGUUCUAG